AUGGCGAUCGCCGGGGAAGUGAGCACUCAGGAGCUCAUCGAUAAGCUUAAUGCGGCUUACGAGAAAGCACAUGUUCAAUACGAGGAGAAUUUUUGGGCUACCAAAAUGGACCUUAAGGGCAACAGCCCCGAGGCUCUGGCCGCCUCUAAAACAGCCUACGAGGCCUUCCUGGGCGACCCAGCCAAUCUGACUGCCGUACGCCGCGCCCUGGCGGAGGCGGCGCCUGGCUCCCUCAGCGCGGACCAGGAGCGGGUGCUGCGGAUUAUGGAGCGAACCUUCAAGUGCUACAUCACCGAGGACCCAAAGGCAGCGGCCCUAAAGGAGAAGAUCAACAACUUGGAGGCGGCCCUGGCGCAGUCUCGCAACCAGAUGUCCCUGGGGUACACGGACCCCGUCAGCUCGGAGUUCAAAAAGGCCUCCAGCGUGCAGCUCCGGAACCUGGUGCGAGUGAGCGAGGAUGAGGCCACUAGGAAGGCGGCCUUCGAGGGCCUCCGCUCCAUCGGGCCGUUCGUGGGCGCGCAGUUCCUGGAGAUCGUGAAGGAGCGCAACAAGCUGGCGAGACUGCUCGGAUACGAGGACUUUUACGAUUACAAGGUCACCUCUGCGGAGGGCUUCGGCAAGAGCCGGCUGUUCGCCAUCCUGGACGACCUGGAGGCCAAGACGGCGCCCAUCAUGACUGCGGCCCGGGAGAGGCUGGCCAGGGAGAAGGGCGCCGCGGCGCUGGAGCCACACAACAUCAGCUACGCGCUGGCGGGCGACACGGAGAAGGCGCAGGACCCGUACUUCCCCUUCGAGCAGGCCGUGGAUGUGUGGGCCCGGACAUUUGCGGCGCUGGGAAUUAAGUACAUGGGCUCUACAAUGACUUUGGAUUUGUGCGACCGAGCUGGCAAGUACUCGAACGGCUUCUGCCACUGGCCGCAAGUGGCGUGGCGCCGACCUGACGGAACAUUUGUGCCGGCUAAGGCCAACUUCACCAGCCUCGCCACCCCGAGCCAAGUGGGCAGUGGUCGCACUGCCCUGGCGACCCUACUUCACGAGGGCGGCCACGCGGCCCACUUUGCAAACAUCGACCAGCCCAGCCCCUUCUUCAGCCAGGAACGAGCCCCCACCUCCGUGGCUUAUGCGGAGACUCAGAGUAUGUUUUUGGACGCCCUCAUCCACGACGGCGCCUGGCUGGGCAGGUACGCCCUCAACCGUAACGGAGAGGUCAUUCCCUGGCCUGUGAUAGAGGAGGGACUUAAGGCCACACAGCCGUACGAAGUGUUUGCACUGCGCGGCAUGCUGGCGGUGCCGUACUUUGAAAAAGCGCUGUACGAGCUACCCGAGAGCGAGCUGACCGUGGAACGAUUAUUAUCGCUGGCGGAUGAGGUGGAGCGCAAAGUGCAGGGCGGUCUGUCCCCUCGACCUCUGCUCAGUGUGCCGCACCCCCUGUCGGACGAGUCGUCCUGCUACUACCACGGAUAUGUGCUGGCGGAGAUGGCAGUACGGCAAACCCGGGCAUACUUCAAAUCCAAGUACGGCAAAAUCGUGGACAACCCUGCUAUCGGAAAGGACCUCGUGGAGGGGUACUGGCGGCCCGGCAACGGCGCCGCCUUCCUGGACCUGGUUCUGGGGCUCACCGGCAAGCCCCUGGCGGCGGAUGACUGGGUGCGGGAUCUGGAGAAGCCUCUGGAGCAAGCGGUAAAGGAGGAGCACGCGGACUACGAGGCUGCUCUGGCCGCUGGUCCCGCAUUGAAGGCGGGUGACGCCUUUGACCUGAACAUGCACGUGCGGCUGGUGCAUGGUGACGAGCUGCUUGCGGACAGCGAGGUGGACGGGGGCCUGGCGGCCGCGUGUGAGAAGUUCAAAUCCUGGGUUGACUCCAAGUACUUGGCGGAAAAGCAGCAGGAGGAUGCGGCGCCCAUGACUGCCUGA